UGUGGAUGUGCUGCUUUCGGGAUUUUUCAGAUUUAAGUUUUUUUAUUUGAUGUUGUUUGUUUUAGGGUGAGGUUGUUUACUUUAGAUUGUCUAUUGAAGGUUGUUGUUUAGUGUGUGAAGUGUGUGGGGCAGAGUGGUGGACACCGCGCAUUCAGAAUGCGGAGUUUCAUCCGGGGAUUUAAAGCUUCCUCCCUGCAGCCCAGCAUGAGAGCUGCUGCGGAUCCGGCGCGCCGUCACUGAGGAGGAGGAGGAGGACAUCUGUUACCGUGGAUCCGGAGUUCUUUCAGUCAGGACCCGGAGCUCUCUCUGUGAGAAGGAGGUCUGUGAUUGAGGAUCUGGAGCUCCGUAAGUGAGGAGGAGGUCUGUGAUUGAGGACCUUUGACUGAGGCUCUGGAGCUCCAUCAGUGAGAAGGAGGUCUGUGGUUGAGGAUCUGGAGCUCCAUCAGUGAGGAGGAGGUCUAUGAAUGAGAAUCUGGAGCUCCAUCAGUGAGGAGGAGUUUUGUGGUCAAGGAUCUGGAGCUCCAUCAGUGAGGAGGAGGUCUUUGAUUGAGGAUCUGGAACUCGAUCAGUGAGGAGGAGGUCUGUGAUUGGGGAUCUGGAGCUCCGUCAGUGAGGAGGAGGUCUGUGAUUGAGGACCUUUGACUGAGGAUCUGGAGCUCUGUCAGUGAGGAGGAGGUCUGUGACUGAGGAUCUGGAGCUCCAUCAGUGAGGAGGAGGAUGAUGGUGAUGAAGGACCACGCAUGUGAGUGUGUGUGAGCGCUGAGAUGGAGGCGCUCGCGCUGCACGGCCUGCUGCUGCACCUCCUGCUGUCCUGGACUAACGCGGCGUUUACGGAGGUGCCGGUGGACUCGAGUGUGUGUGAGGGGGAGGAUGUGGAGAUGCCGUGUGCGUUCAGAGCUUCUGGAGCUGCUCCGCUCUCGCUGGAGAUCCAGUGGUGGUACCUGAGAGAAGCAGCAGAUCUACAGCAGCAGCAGCAGCUCAGCACCCAACCUAACAGAGCGAAGGUCGUCCCGAGAGAUGCCACAAAAAUAAGCACGGUGAGAGUUCAGGGCAACGCCAUUUCACACAAGCUGAGUCUGUCUAACGUGCGUAAGGAGGACGAGGGUGUGUACGAAUGCCGUGUUUCGGACUUGUACUCUGACGAAACUCAGGAUUACAAAGUCCAGGCCACCCUGCGGGUCACGCCGCGGCAUGGCAUGCUGGCCGAAGAGGCUGUGAGUCAUAUCCAGAACCGGUGGAGUCUGAGGAACAGCAACGCAGCGGCGGGGGGACGGGCCACCCCUGAGCCUGAGCACGGAAAACCCCGCGCACCCCCUGUGGGGGGUGAUAUUGGCCUUGAACCCCAGACCACCACCUCCACAGCCUCCGCCGCAAAAUCCUCCGCUUCCCCCCGGCCGGGGAACGCAGCCAUCAGGCAGCAGCACGGAGCCGGUUCUGGAGCCAUGGCAACCACUGAGCCACUCCUCUACAUCACCCUGCUGAUCCUGCAUAAGUUCCUCCCCUUCCUGUUUGCCCACUGAAAGACUUCAACCAAACAAUAUGACAUUUUCACUUUAUUUACCAAACAGCAAAGGGAAAAUAUAUAAAUAAAUAAAUAUAUCUACCAUUAUGGCACAUCACUGACACAGAUGGGAUGCAACGAAGAAUUUGGGAACAUGACGCUGAAAAAAAAAUUAAAUAUCAGUGAAUGGAAAACGUCUCAGACCUGAACCGAUGGAGACUCGUCUGGAGCUGAUGCUAAACGGACUGUUUAAGAAAAGCAUGAUAAAAAUAAUAUAAAAAGAUUCUAUGUGAAUUAGAGAUCACUUUGUGUCCUAAACACACACAACCCAUCAAACGCUGCGUUCCGUUUCCAGAUCCUCGUGUUCGCCCUGCUGAGUGCAUGGCCCUCUUUAUUUAUUUUUCAGUGAAAAUUAAUUUCCCUUAAUUUUUAAUUUUAGAUUUUUUAUUGAUUUUGUAUUGUCCUAUGGAUUCUUGUCAGUGUGAACAUUUAAGAAUGAAGUUGAUUUUAAUUUUAUUGGUUCAAUCAAAACAACAAUGUACACAUUGUUUUUUUUUA